AUGCCCCCGUCACGCCGGAAGUCUUGUCUUGCAUGCGCUCAGUCCAAGCGAAAAUGCGACAAAGGACUACCCAAAUGCCAACGUUGCCUUGCAAAGAAGGCUCACUGCGAAUACAACGGCCGAUACCCCGACCAAUUGCGGCAAACUACCGGAAGAAAUGUAGAAGAAAAUGCUGCCUUUGCGGAACCCUUUGCGGGACCCUUUGCGGAGGAACUGUCCGGUGAUUGGCAACUGCAGCGAAGUCCCAUGCUACCGGCGGCGGCAACACUCUCGCCCUGCAUGGAUGAUGCAUUCUUCAACUUUGGCAAUAACCCAUUCAGCAUGGCAAGCAUACCACAAGACGGUUUCCUCAGCUCUGCUGUCAUCCAAGAUAUCGUCGCUCAGCAAACCCCAAACGAUAUCGGGCAGAUUACCGCGGAUACAACUGCACAGGCUCGCGUAGAGUUUGCAGCAAAGAGGUUAGCUGUGGUUCCGAAAACAUUUUGCGAAUCAGGGCAAACGAUGUUCAUCCACCGUCUCUUAUUCCAAGAGAGAAACCCUCCGGCUUUACAGGAUGCGCUCAGCGCCUGCGCUCUGUAUUACAUGAAAAACACAGAGAAUCAGGGACUAGUAUUCCGCAACUUGGAGCACAGACGACAACAGCUGAUCGCCAACACUGAUCCGCUCCGCGCCUCCAAGAUGGAUCUCCUUGAAGCGCUGCAAGCGCUGAUACUAUACCAGAUAAUAAGACUGUUCGAUGGUGACAUUCGACUUAGGGCUCAAGCAGAAGCGGACGAGCCAGUUCUCAUAAUGUGGGCGGCACACCUUAGGUUACGCACACGUCAAGUGCAGCCUUCUCCACCGGCUCCAGCUGAAUCGCGACUUCUGCCGGGAACUCCUUUUACGGACUGGCAGCGCUGGCUGAUCGAAGAGAGCAGUCGACGGACAGUAAUAACAGCGUUCAUGUUGAAAGGCGUAUACGAUUUCUUGAAACUCGGCUACGACACAGUUCCAGACCUACGAAUGAGCUUCACGGCCCAAACGGCGCUUUGGAAUUCGCAGUCAGAAAUUAGUUGGCGAAAAGCGCAAAGCGAGAGGGAGCGGCUCGAAGUGCGGGUGACGCACUGGGAUGAGGCAAUAGCAAAGGCGAAGCCAGGUGAUUUAGAGGAGCUCGGUGUACUGAUAAUGGCCAUGUUAAAGGGUAUAGAGGCCACCGGGGAAUGGUUGGGGCAUAGCCACAUUAUUAAAUACGGUUUAGAGGGAGCGGAGUACGGUUCGUUAUGA